AUGUUGACAUUUACAAGUAUUCCGCUGCCUUGUAAACUUCUCCUCACUGCCUACCCUUUGCCGGAAACAGAGCAGAAGACUUCAGUGGAAAGGAACUGCCACGUCGUCCGUUCGCGGCUGGACGCCCGAGCAGAACUUGCCCAGGCGUCUGUUUUCGGCAAGCCCUGCCGGGCCUCGCUGCUGAGCUCUCCCCGCCGCACGGCGCGGGGCGGCUUCGCUGGGUACCCCGCGGCGCGGCUUAACCCCUCGGGCAGCAGCGGGAAGGCGGGGUGGGGAAGCCCGUCGGCGCAGCGGACACUGCAGCACAUGAUGGGCCAGAUCCUCAGCCAGCGACAGUUGUUACCAACCCGUGACUCCGAUCAGGUACCAGCACUGCCCAGGGGAAUGCUGAGGGUGGACCGAACAACAACACGUAAACACCUCAACACCAAGGGCAUGCAAACAGAAACAAAAGGCACCUGGCAGCCGGGGCGCAAGGAGGAGGAGGAGGGUGAGGAGCUGGAGGGCAACAUCUUUUGCCCUCCCGUGUUGUAUUACAGCCGUGAGGGUGCUGACCCCCAUCUGCCACCAGCAGCAGCAGCCGCGGGGAAAUGGGAGUAUGUCGAGGCCUGGAGACCGCAGGAGCAAGACAAAGGCCAGAGCCCCCCACGUCCCAGUGCUGGGCCCUCAUUACUGCACCCCACCAGCCCUCAACAGCUCCACAACACCCUGGGGCAGCUUCCGCUACUCAGUGCCUUGCUGGCAGAGCUGUCGGUGCUCACCCGCAGCGCUGUGCCUGCGGCUGUCCACCCCCAUCUGGCCUGGCUCUACAAGGCCCCUGGGGGUAGUGGCAUGGCCUCACGGCCCCCCAGCCCCAGCCGCUCCUCUGCCCUCAAGCCUGCGGAGGCACCGGUGGGGCCAGGUGGGAGCAGUGGAGCUGCCAGCCCUCGAGUCAAGCAAGGCUUGCACGAGGCCACCUCACCAGGGUCUUCUCGGGCUAGGAGAGGACCUAAGAAAGCUGUACCCCAGGGGGAGAGAGGCUCUGAAAGGAACUGCAAAACUAAGGAAAACAGACCUCCCAGAAGGAAACUGUUGUACGGGCUGACAAAUACACUGAGGCUACGGCUGCAGCAGACCAAUCCUGAUAAGCUGAUAAUUCAUGAAAGGAGAGAGCAGUACAGAAAAAAGCAAAUGGAGAUGCUGAAGGAGAGAAACCCUUUAUCCAAAAGAAAGCUGCACAGAAAUGCUGGAGAACAGGAUGUGGUUUCUUACAGGCAUUGUAGCAAGGGGGACGGUUCAAAGCAGAAUAAUCAGUUUGAUAAAACUGUUGAGACCUCAUUACAAAACAGUGCUCUCACAGAGUACGUUUCCGUGACUGGAGAUGUGUCCCCUGACCUGCAGAAACAGGCUAUUGCAAGUCUAUUGAAGAAUGAUGAAACUGCAAGCAAGGAACGUCCAUGCAAAUUAACUACAGCCCCCUUGCUGGAGGAAACUGUAUUAAAAUCUGCUCACAAGGAAACGUAUGCGAAAGCCCAACUCCCAGCAGCUUUCCCAUCAGAUGCUAAUGCAAAGGGAAGUAAUGAGGAAGCAAUACACUUAAUCCACUGUAAAACCACGGAGCAUGAUGAUGCAUCUGAUCAUAAACCAAGCCCCAGCAGGAGUGUUGAAAACAGCUCUGAAUUCAUAUACUCAGAUGACUUUGUUGCUAGUCCUGAGAACACAGUUUAUUCAGAAGAUUUCACCAGUGCUGAGUGUACGGGCGGAGACUCGGAAGCUCUUGACAGCAGUCCUGAACCUCUGUGGCUUGAAAGGCCAAAGCAAGGUUGGUCAGAUAGAGAGUCAGAAUCCGGCAGGUCUGGAAUUUCAAAGACAAGUCAAAGGGCUGAAAGUACUUCAGAUCUUCUGCCAGUUCCUUCAGUUUCAUCUCCAGUCCAGUCUUUGAAGAGAAACUGUGACUUAAAAACUAGCAAGAGAACUAGUGGUGAAUCUGUUGAUUCACUUAAUGAUGCCUCCAUUCGGGCAAGGUUAUUGGAUGAAGAGCAGGAAGCCCAACAGAUCAACAAGGAAGAGAACAGGGGCGAUCAGCAUGUUAAACAAGUAUCUACACUGAGAAGCAAACAAGUUAUCUCUGAUGCUGAUCUGAAUAUAGGAAAGGGGCAGACCUCUGCAGGAAAAAGCCAGUCAGUAACUCAAGUUAGCUCUUACUUGCCAUCUAACAUGUCUGAUCUUGAACUUAGUGUCCUAGAAAACAGUAUGUCAGACAAAGAGGAUGAUUUUCUGGGAAAACUAAGUGUUCCUAAUCAAUACAAAGACAUCAGUGAACUUGUAAUAAACAAACUUCCGGGAUACACAAUGUAAUUACAAGUUUUUGCUGUCUGGAUUAACAUACGCUAUUUAAACUUUAUAAGGCCUGUUACAUUUAGCUGCAAUAUAUACAAGUUAAAUUAAGACUUCAUCAUGCACAUUUAAUACAUCGGUGAAUUUACUGAAGAGGUUUUUAAAAUAAAGUACUAUU